AUGAAUGAACGCCGAGGAGCGAGGAAGGACUUGCCAGUUACCACCUCACGGGAUCUCGUGUCAGUUCCGCGUGACACGACGCGAUUCUCCGUCACGUGUACCACCAAUUGGGCCCAAAGUCCUGGUCUUCCUUAUCCUGGUAUACCUUAUGUGAUGGAAAGCCUGGAAUCAGAGCUGCAAGCCAACGCAGAAACGUUACAAACAUCGACAGCCGUACGGUUACCCAAGCGGCAUGGCCUUAGUAUGACAGCGGGGGUCAAUGGCAAGGCCUUCAUGGAUUUAGGGGGGAGCCAAUUCGAGGUGGGGAGCAGCCAAACAUCUUUAGGAACACGGAAGCCGAUGACUACCUACACGUCGCGUUCCAAAGGAAAACGGAGUACCCGGGUGGUGGACUCGGAUUCAUCCAGCCCCGACGAACUUGACUCCUUGUCCCAGUCAGACACUCACUCUCCUAGAAAGAAACCGGUACAGAAGUUUGACGAAGAUGUCCAAGCAGAGCCAGUGGGGGAUGAGUACGCGACGCGCGCUCAAAAGACAUCGGAUGCCAUCAAGACUCUGCGUUUCCGCAAGACAGGCAAAACGCAGCCUGAAGCGUCGGGUUCCAAAGCUCCGCCCUUAAAAGAGAACGAACCCCGCGCUGUGCAAGACACAGGGACGUUCUCAAAGCGGUCGCUUGCCUCUAAAGCUACGAAACCACUGUUAGACUAUUGCGAGACCUCACGGCCACUAGGCGACAAAAGUCCAAACAGGCGGCUUAGUCCACCGCCAUCUCAUAAGCCGUCUCGUGAAAAACCCAAACCUCGUCCCAUUAAGAAGCCUCAAGCAACCACCGUUGAUGCCCCGCCGAAGACAACGAAAAAACCGAAUGUUCCGAGUACGAAAAAGCCUCAUCUUCCGCUUCCAGUCAAACGAGCAACACCACCAUCUGAGGCAGAGGAGUCUCGUGCUAUGCACUCGGAUUCGGGCAUCCCUUCGAGAACACGGCUUCCUGAACAAUUUCCAUUUCUUUCGCCAACCUCCCAACGUACUCCGCGGGCUACGCCUUCGUCGACGAUGGCUGCAAAGUUUCCCCUUUCUCCCCCAAAGUCGCGAGUUGAGUUUCCUGUUCCAUCACCACUCGCAUCGAACGACCGAGGAAAAAAGUUUGCAUCGAGCGCGUUUUUAAUGCCGUCUCCUCAGUCUUUUGACGCUUCGUCGAAGGGCAAGGGCAAGGCGUUAGUUGUCAGUGCCGAAGAUGAUGAAGAGGACGAGGAUGGAAAUUAUGGCCGCAAAAGCCAGGCCACCCGACUUGAGCCGUUCCCAAUGAAUACCCAAAUGCUGCGGCGCACUAGUUCUCCGAGUGUCCAAUUGUCUCAAGCAGUAAAGAGAAACUCGGAUGGUAUUCGCAGCGAUGGUGCCGCUAAGAAGAGGCGAAAGGAUGACGAAGACGACAUGCUGUCCUCUCCACCUGAUGAUUAUGCAUUUGAGGACGGCGACGAUACAUUGUUCAUAUCCCCAUUUGUCGACCCCAAAACCCUCUGUCCCUAUUGCGACACUCCUUUGCCGGCAUCUCCAACACCCCUCUUAAGAAGUCUCCUCGCAAAAGUAUGCAAGAAGUCCUCCCCUGAUCCGCGGCCUGCCAAUCCAUUAGGCCGGAAAGCGCCCUUGGCAACUUUCAUCUCCGUUUGCCAACGGCAUCGUUUUGAGAGCCAGAUUCUCCCGGAAGCUGAACAGAAAGGGUGGCCGAAGACCAUUGACUGGGCGAAAGUAGGUGGCCGGGUGGAGGCAAUGCGUGAUUCCCUGCAAGCCUUGAUUAACGACCGUGAUGAUAAUGACGGCGGAGAAUUCUUUUGGGCAACUGGAGGUCCUCGAUCGAAAUGUGUCUUUUGGAGAGAUGUGGUGAGCGAGGUGAAACAGAAGGGUUCGAGGGCCGUUGCAGGUGUUCGUGGUCAGUUUUCCAACUUUGAGAAGACGCAGCCUGGCUACUAUGGCGAGUUGGGUUCAGUUAUCAUUCACCAAACGUUGUACAACCUCUUCCCACCAUCGGAGCUAGACCCAGACCUCAUCUCACCACUCACCUCAAACGAGUUUAUUCAACGGGUUCUGGUCCCGGAAGUCGCCGUGAAACUCAUCAAGGAGGACCAAAAUCUUGAAGGGGACAUGGGGACUAAUGAAGCCUUGCAAAUCCUACGCGAAAGCUCUGCGUAUGGCGUCGCGAUGUUUCCUGAGGACAGCGGAGAAUCGGCUGCUGUAGGACCAAGCCGUGGUUCCCGUGGGCAGAGGAGAGAGGACGAGAUGGGUGCGGGUGAUCUUAUAGUCAUGGAACGCGCUCGGAAGCGGCGGAAGGAGUUGGAAGAGGAAGACGAGGAGGAGGAGGAGCAGGAUCAGAGGAGAAUAGAAAGUCGUGGAAGGAGGACCCGGAAAGGGAAAGCCAAGGAAACGAUACAGGAAGAGGAUAGUGGUUUGGAUGUUGUGUUUGUGCCUCAAAAGCCCAAACCGAGACCGAGGCCCAUCAAUAAAUUCUCAAGCAGUGGUAAUGCAUUGGCUAAUGCUGAUGUGGAAGAUGAAGUGGUCGUAUCAGAGAGGGAAGCAAAGACCGCUAAGCGGAAGACGAGCAAUGCCACUCUGAUGGACAACGGGGAUGUUAAGUCUCAGCGACCAAAGCGACCGACGGCCAAGAAGUUUCCAUUCGACGUUGACUCUGCCGCUGAUUCAACAGAUACUGACUCCUCUUCACGGCCUAACCCUACACCCCGAUAUCGUUCCCUCUCUGCCAGUGAAACGGGAAAUCAAAGUGUUCGCGCCUCACCUAUGAGCUCACCUCCACUUGCUCUCAAGAACAGGCCUCAAACAAGGACAAGGAAAGGAUCUUCGUCCGAAGUGAACCUCUACUCAACCAGCGGAUCCGAAGAUGACCACUCUGACGCCAGCAGGAUGAGGAAGGGCCGUAAAAUCAAAAAGGUUGAGUCCUUCAUGGACAUUGCGGUCGACAGCCUCGAAAUCAAGGAUGACAACGAUAUUCAAGACGAUCAUUACAUUAAGACACCCGUCGCCAAUCGACAGAGUACUAUCGAGUUCAUUGACGAUGAUACACCCAAACCUGCGCGUUCUCCUCCUUCACGAGUGCCACCCGCCGUCCCGGCGGCAUCCGAGUCCUCUACGGUGAAGCCUUUGGAAUGGGCUCGACUCCGAAGGCAGGGAAAGCAAGUCAAGGACCUCGCUCGAGAGCCUCUUUGUAAAGCAAGUUUAAAACCUCCCUGGGUUCGUAGCAUGCUUGAUGCCCCACGGGGCUCAGACGAAAGCUUCACAAGCACUCAAACCCCAACGCCUCUUGUUGAGCGGGAUUUCGGUUGGCUGUUGAACGAUAGCUCCCAGUCAUCAUCAGGCAGUCGGUGA